CGUCAGCUGUUUCGUGCAGGCGGACAAUGCGCUGCAGUGAACGAGCAGCUGUGUGUACACUUAAGAGUACAGAGGGGCCUGCAGCCAGAGCUGCUGCCCGAGCAACGACGGGAGGAAUAUAACGAGCUUUUUCUCCAUGUUAUUAACACGGCGAGUUAAAACUCUGGCAGCUGAGAUUUGAACAAUGAACAGGAUAGAGAUGAUUUUAAGAUCAUCGUGAAAAAUGGAGGGAGGAAAUUUUGGCUACUCCCGAGACUAUUUUGACCGCUUCAUCCAAAGCCAAGACUCAUCUGUGGUGAACAAGUUCCAGCAGAAGUACUGGAAAACCAAGCAGACGCUCAUCAAGGUCACCGGGAAGAAAGAGGACGAAUAUGUGGUGGCGUCAGAUGCAGAUCUGGAUGCCAAGCUGGAGGUCUUCCACUCCAUCCAGAGAACAUGCAUGGAGCUGCUAAAGGUCAUCGAACAGUACCAGAGGAGGAUCUUCCUCCUUUCCCAAGAGGAGAACGAGCUGGGUCGUUUCCUGCGCUCCCAGGGCUCGCAGGAUAAAACCAGGGCUGGAAAGAUCAUGCAGGCGACUGGGAAAGCACUCUGUUUCUCGUCCCAACAGAGAUUGGCUCUGAGGAAACCUCUGUGCCGUUUGUACCAAGAGGUUGAAACGUUUCGCUAUCGAGCCAUCUCAGACACGUGGCUGACAGUGAAUCGAAUGGAGCAGUCCAGGACUGAAUACCGUGGAGCGCUGCUCUGGAUGAAGGAUGUAUCUCAGGAGCUGGAUCCAGAUACUCAUAAACAGAUGGAGAAAUUCCGCAAGGUUCAAGCCCAGGUGCGCACUUCCAAAACAAGCUUUGACAAACUGAAGAAUGAUGUCUGCCAGAAAGUGGACCUGCUGGGAGCCAGUCGCUGCAACCUGCUCUCUCACGUUUUAACCACAUACCAGACAACUCUUUUGCACUUCUGGGAGAAGACGUCCCACACUAUGGCAGCCAUUCAUGAGAGCUUCAAGGGCUGUCAGCAUUAUGAGUUCUCCACACUUAAGACCUUACAAGACCCCAUGGAAAAGCUGGCUAAAAAGAAGGGGAAGAAGAAAAUUAAAGCAGAGACAGAAGAUGGAAAGAAAGCCGAGACCACAGAUGACCAACUCAUCUCACUAGUAAAUGAAAACACCAGUGAUAAGACCAGAGAAGGGAACGAAGAUCCUCUCUCUGCCUAUUCAGAGUUAGAGAGAGAGGAGAAGGAUAGCAUGGCCUUACUGAAUGAGAUCCUGGGCAGUAUGUCUGUGGAUGAGGGCGACUUCUCUCGAGAGUGGACGAAAGUGUUUGGCGACACCGAGGAGGGAAUGAGCGCAGCAUCAGGUAGACCAGCGGAGGCCCAGCAAAAGGAAAACUCCUUCUUUCUACCAUCUCAACUGCUGGACCAGAGCUUGAAUAAUGUGCAGUCUUCCCUCUCAGAUUGGGUCAUUCCACAGCCCGUCGCGCAGGCAACAGGGCACUCAUCUGGAGCCAAUCAGAACCCUUCAAAGCCAGCAGUGAAAGAGACAGCGGGGACGUCCAAAGACCUCUCAGCAUGGUUCAACCUGUUUGCUGACUUGGACCCCCUCUCCAAUCCCGAUGCGGUCGGCAAAACUGACACAGAGCAUGAACUUCACAACGCUUAGUUUCUCAGCGUGAUGGUGAUCUUAAAUGGGUACAUUUGUUCGUGGGCAAAGCAGAAUAUAGCUGCCACCGUGACCAGAGACAAAUCUGACCAGCCACACACUCAAAUGUCUUCUCUAUGUUUAUCGCUACAUAUGGAGCUGAAACAAUUAGUCAAUUAAUCAGCAGAAUUUAAUCAGCAACUAUUUUGAUAAUCGGUCAGUUAUUUCCAGUGGUGGAAGAAGUACUGAGAUCUUUUACUUAAGUAAAAGUACAAAAGUAUUAGCAUCAAAAUAUACUUGAAAGUACCAAAAGUGAAAGUACUCAUUAUGCAGGAUGACUAUUUUCAGGAUAAUGUAUAUUAUAGUUUUGGAUUAUAAUUAUUGAUAGAUUAACGUGUACACUUUAAAUUAGCCCCACAUUUACCAGCUGCAAAAUUAAUAACUUUAGAUACAGCUUAGUAGCUUGUGAAUUUCCCCCUGGGGAUCAAUAAAGUUUUAUCUUAUCAUAUCUUAACUUAUAAUAAUACGUCAUAAUUUAUUUGUUGAUUAUAUUUUGUAACAAUAAUGUGAGUCUGCAAAGUAACUAGUAACUGAAGUUAUCACAUAAAUGUAGUGGAGAAAAACUACAUUAUUUCAUUCUGAAUUGUAGUGGAGUAGAAGUAUAAAGUAGGAGAAAAUGGAAAUACUAAGUAUCUCAGAACUGUACCUAAGCUCUCCACCACUGGUUAUUUCAGUCAUUUUUCAAGCAACAAUGCCAAAUAUUUUCUGGUUCCAGCUUUUCAAAUAUGAAGAUUUACUGCUUUUCUUUAUCAUAUAUGGCAGUAAAACUGAACAUCUAUGGUUUUUGGACUGGAAAAUCAAGCAAAUUCAAUACAUGUCAUCUUACACCCUGGGACAUUAUAAUGGGCAUUUUCACUUAAAAUAAUAAAACAGUUAAUUGAGAAAAUAAUCGGCAUGUUAAUCAAUAAUGAAAAUCAUCAAUAGUUGCAGACCUAACUUGAUCUUUUUCUUGUUAUAACAAUAUAGAAAAGGUCCCUUGUUAUAAUGACAUACUGUACUAUGAUAAGACAUGUUUCUUAUUAUAAAAAGAUACUUUGAAAUGUCAUUAUAAUAAGAAAAGUUUAUUAUGAGACAAAUAUCUCGUUAUAACAAGAGAAAUUUUCCUGUCAUAACAAGAAACUGAUCUUUCUCAUGGUGGCAGUAUUACGCUGCUCUAAGUGUCCCACUGACAACUACCAGCUCUCGUCCUUUCCAAUGUGAAAGAAAAGAAACAUUUACAAGACGACCUUAUUAUUAUUAAGCCUGUUGGCUAUUUGACUGGGUUAAACGUUUAAUGUUUAGCAUGGAUACCUCAUUAUGAGUUUGGAACAAAAAGCCUUUGACAGUAGCUGCCUUGGAAACCUGUAGUCUCUAGUAGCAUUCAUGCUUUAUUUCUGAUCCUUAUUACUGAAAAUUGCCAACAGGCAAAACUAUGCUUUCUUUCCACUGUUGUAUCUCGCAACAAACAUGACAAAGAUCACAGUGCAAUCAUGUGUUUACAAAAUAAUGUAACAUGUUGAGUGAAGUUAAUGCAUCACAGAAAUAUUCAAAAAUAAAAGUAUAUUUUUCUGCCAUCUAUACAACACUCCAAGCAGGUUAACUGAUCAGAAUUAUUGGCAACUAUUUCAGACCACAUUUGAAACGGGUGAAAUGGAUACAUCCUGAAGUUGUUUCUUUCUCUCUUUCUUUAGACUCCUUUUUAAGAUUUAAGCUUUUAAAUUUGUUUGCUACAUGCUGUACUUGUGAUCCCCUUUGGAAUAUAGUCCAUAACUAGAAAUACACAUAUCACUCGUUUAUUAUUGCAUGUUGCAUGCCUUGUUUUAUAUCAUCCAGUAAAAGUGUGAUUGAAUCAUCAAUAUGUUUAUAUUAAUGUGAGACUUUUCAUCAUUUAUCAUUUGGACACGUAUUUAGUUAGCGCAGUUAUUGGCUUUCAUGUGCAAUAUAUGCAGUUUUCAGUGUAGAGCCAAACUAACUGGAUAAUCAUGAAAAUACAAUCAUAUUCUACUGAUUUUGACUACAAUGCUGCAUAAAUUGAACAUAUAUAUCAAAGUAAAUGCCUUAAUCUAAUCACAAGUCAACAAUAUAGAACCUCAAUGAUUAUUAUUGGACUCCUUAUACAGUAUAUUACAAUUUAUUGUGAAUUUAUUUUCUUGUAACUUAGCCUUGUGUCAUUUUUGAUGUUCAAGCCAUGUGACAUUUGUUAAUAUUUAAAUCAUAACCAAAUACAUUGAUUGCCUUACCUUCACUCCUAUUUGUUUAUAAAUGCUAUGCUUCUGAAUACGGAUAUUACUUGUCGAUGUGUCUGUCUAUGGCCUUUGAAAAGAUUACAUACCAAUCCAAAAAUAGA